AUGGGACGACAGCAGGGUUCCGCAGUUGAUGCUGCAAUCGCCACCAUUCUUUGUCAAUGCACAGAAAACAUCCACAGUUGUGGAAUUGGAGGUGGACAUUUCAUGACUGUAUACAACAGGAGGAAUAAAACAGCAUAUACAAUCAUAGCACGUGAAAUGGCGCCACGUGAUGCCUCACAGGACAUGUUUCUCAAGGACAACAUAUCUUCAAUUGAAGGAGGAUUGUCUAUCGGAAUACCUGGCAACAUCAAAGGUUUUUAUGAAGCCUGGAAAAUCGGCGGCAAACUUCCCUGGAAGGACCUCUUUCAGCCAGCAAUCAAAAAGCUGCGAGAGGGGUGGAGUGUAAACUACUAUCUAGCCAAGGCCAUUCAUAAGCAGGCAGAAUCUGGCGUGUUAGAACGACGUGAAAAUCUAAAAGUAAUGCUAAUAAAUCCUGGAACUGGCAUGCCAUAUAAAGAAGGGGAGAUAAUGACAGUGCCAAAAUUAGCCAAAACAUUUGAGGUCAUAGCCAACGACCCUCUUACCUUAUACGAUGGCGCACUAGCCGAUGAUGUUGUCGCUGAUAUUCAGGAGGCUGGAGGAAUGAUCACAAAAGAGGAUUUGGAGAACUACGUGGCUGUAUAUAAGGACCCGUUAGUGGUGACACUGAAGGACAACUCCACCAUUUAUACUCCACCUCCACCAUCUAGCGGCGCCGUGUACGCCAUGAUCCUCAGCAUCGCUGAUAAAUAUGAAUUUUCACCCGACAGUGUGUCCACCAUCGACAAAUCCAUUACAACCUGGCACCGAAUAAUCGAAGCCAUGAAAUUUGCUUUUGCAAAGAGAAGUAGUCUCGGGGAUCCGGACAAAGAAAACCAGAGUUUUAAGGAUGACAUUGAUUCGUUACUAAAACUUAUGACGUCAUCAACCUAUGCUGAUUACAUUCGAUCAAAAAUAUCAGACAGUUCUACACAGGAUACAGUGUACUAUGGGCCAACAUUUCACGGCGAGUCAAAAACGGGAACCUCACAAUUAACCGUCCUAGCGCCCAAUGGUGAUGCGGUGUCGAUCACAAGUACUAUCAAUUUAUUUUUCGGUUCGAAAGUCGUUGGGAGCAGAACCGGAAUUGUCUUCAACAAUAACAUGGACGAUUUUUCUACACCAAAUACAACCAGCUAUUUCGGUUAUCCAGCAUCCCCUGCAAAUUUCAUUAAGCCUGGUAAAAGACCGUUAUCUUCAAUGUGCCCAAGCAUAGUGGUGGAUCCAGAAGGAUGUGUAAAAUUGGUUGUGGGAGCUUCAGGUGGACCAAGAAUCAUAUCAGCGACUGCCUUAGUCACCAUUGAAACGCUAUGGUUCAAGUACGGAAUAAAGAAAGCAAUAGAUCACAAGCGUUUACAUCAUCAGCUGCUGCCGCCUAACAUUAUGGUGGAACAGGGAUUCUUUCCAGAAAUCAUCAGGGGGUUAAAAACGUUUGGGCACAACAUUUCCAUCCACUCAACUUCCGGUUCCAAAGUGCAAGGUAUCCUGCUGUUAGGAGAGGGAAACAUCACGGCCAAUGCUGAUCACAGGAAGCGCGGGGCUCCGGACGGUUACUGAAGGUCCUGGCUGACCACAGGAAGCGCUGGGCUCCGGACGGUUACUGAAUGCCCUGGAUCUGUAUGGCAACAUUGAUCAUUGGAUGUUAAGAACUUGAAAGGAUGGCAGUUUUCCGUCCUUGAUUUCACUUCCUGGUGCUUUUAUAAAAUAACUAUAUCUUUUAUAAUACAAUGUAUAUCUGAUCAGUGAUAGUUUACUGUAUUCGGAUCCGAGACACAUAAAAUAUUGCACUGGA